AUGGCUUCUGAGCGUCUGCCUACCCGCGAGCGGCGACCGUCAGUGGGCGCUCCUCUCGUCGAUAUCCAGGGCAGUGUUGGUCCGACUGGCGUCACUCGGCCCAAGCAUCGCCGCACCUUCACCGGUUUUGGUGCCCAAGAGAUCAAGAGCGUCGAGGCCUCAAUCCCAGAGCCUUUGCGUGCGGCUUGGCUGAAGCACCAGGUCAGCGGCUUCAACACCAAAGAUGAGUUUGAGACUGAGCUGGUCCGCCAUGUCGAGACUACGCUAGCCCGCAGUUUAUUCAACUGUGACGAGGCCGCUGCCUAUUCUGCUACCAGUCUGGCCUUCCGUGACCGCCUGAUCAUCGACUGGAACCGAACCCAGCAGCGCCAGGCCUUUGCCGACACCAAGCGCGUUUACUAUCUCAGUCUCGAGUUCCUCAUGGGCCGUGCCCUCGACAAUGCCAUGCUCAACAUUGGCCGAAAGGACGUUGCCAAGGCCGGUCUCGCUGAUCUGGGCUUCCGCAUCGAGGAUGUCAUCAAGCAGGAACAAGAUGCCGCCUUGGGCAACGGCGGUUUGGGUCGUCUGGCCGCCUGCUUCCUCGACAGUCUAGCCUCCCUCAAUUACCCAGCCUGGGGCUACGGUCUUCGCUACCGCUAUGGUAUCUUCAAGCAGGAAAUCAUCGACGGCUACCAGGUCGAGGUGCCUGACUACUGGCUCGACUUCAACCCAUGGGAGUUCCCCCGCCACGACGUCACAGUCGAUAUCCAAUUCUACGGCCACGUCAACAAGACCACCGACGGGUCAGGCAAGGUGACGGCCCAUUGGGAGGGUGGCGACACGGUUCGUGCGGUCGCGUAUGAUGUGCCUAUUGCUGGCUUUGAUACACCCUCUACCAACAACUUGCGCCUGUGGUCCAGCAAAGCGGCGAGCGGCGAGUUUGACUUCCAGAAAUUCAACAACGGCGAGUACGAGAGCUCCGUCGCCGACCAGCAGCGCGCCGAGACCAUCAGCGCCGUGCUGUACCCCAACGACAACCUCGAACGGGGCAAGGAGCUGCGCCUUAAGCAGCAGUACUUCUGGGUGGCCGCCUCACUCUACGACAUCGUGCGCCGCUUCAAGAAGUCCAAGCGCGCGUGGCGCGAGUUCCCUGACCAGGUGGCUAUUCAGCUGAACGACACACACCCGACGCUGGCGAUCGUCGAGCUGCAGCGUAUCCUCAUCGACAUUGAGGGCCUCGACUGGGACGAUGCCUGGAACAUCGUGACACACACGUUUGGCUACACCAACCACACGGUGCUUCCGGAGGCUCUGGAGAAGUGGUCUGUCGGCCUCUUCCAGCACCUGCUGCCACGCCAUCUCCAGAUCAUCUACGACAUCAACCUCUUCUUCCUGCAGCUGGUGGAGCGCAAGUUUCCCAAAGACCGCGAUAUCUUGCGCCGUGUUUCCAUCAUUGAGGAGGCCCAGACCAAGAUGGUGCGCAUGGCCCAUCUGGCCAUUGUCGGCUCCCACAAGGUCAACGGUGUGGCCGAGCUGCACUCGGACCUGAUCCGCACCACCAUCUUCAAGGACUUCGUCGCCGUCUACGGGCCCGACAAGUUCAUCAACGUGACCAACGGUAUCACCCCACGCCGCUGGCUCCACCAGGCCAAUCCUGAGUUAUCCGCGUUGAUUGCGAGCAAGAUCGGUGCGUCCGACGCCUUCCUCAAGGACCUGACCCUGCUCAGCAAGAUCGAGGCGUUUGUCGAUGACAAGGCCUUCCAGAAGUCUUGGGCCCAGGUCAAGCUCAACAACAAGAAGCGCCUGGCCGAUUACAUCAAGGAGUCGACCGGCGUCGUGGUGAACCCGACAGCCCUCUUUGACGUGCAGGUCAAGCGGAUCCACGAAUACAAGCGCCAGCAGCUAAACAUCUUUGGUGUCAUCCACCGCUACCUGACACUCAAGGCUAUGACGCCUGAGGAGCGCAAGAAGGUGCUGCCCCGUGUGUCCAUAUUUGGCGGCAAAGCUGCUCCGGGCUACUGGAUGGCCAAGCAGAUCAUCCACCUGAUCAACAAUGUCGGCAGUGUGGUGAACAACGACGCCGAUAUUGGCGAUGCUCUGAAGGUGCUUUUCCUCGAGGACUAUAAUGUCAGCAAGGCUGAAAUCAUCACCCCGGCUUCAGACCUCAGCGAGCACAUCUCCACCGCUGGUACUGAGGCUUCGGGCACGAGCAACAUGAAGUUUGUGCUGAACGGAGGCCUCAUCAUCGGUACCUGCGACGGCGCCAACAUUGAAAUCACGCGGGAGAUUGGAGAAGAAAACAUCUUCCUGUUUGGUAACCUUGCCGAGGACGUCGAGGACAUUCGUCACGCUCACACUUUCGGGGAGCACAAGAUCGAUCCUACGCUGGAGAAGGUGUUUGAAGCCAUUGAGAAGGGCACAUUUGGCAAUGCGCAAGACUUCUCUGGCAUGAUCUCUGCAGUGCGGGAACACGGCGACUACUACCUGGUGUCGGACGACUUCAACAGCUACCUCGAGACACAGCAGCUCGUGGAUAAAUCAUACGAAGACCAGGAGAGCUGGGUCAAGAAGUCGAUCCUCAGCGUCGCACGCAUGGGCUUUUUCAGCAGCGAUCGCUGCAUCAACGAAUAUGCUGAGGAGAUCUGGAACAUCGAGCCGCUGGCCGUCGAUGCAUCGGUGGGCCUGAGCAAGGGUGAGCUGUAG